AUGGUCCUGCAGCCCACCGGUGUUAAGGCUGACCUGGUCCGAGGCCGUCCAACCUUCAUUAACCGCUUGCUGACCGCGGUCUUGGUGCACUUACUGAACACAGACUAUGCUGGCGGGACUCUCGUAGAGGCAAUGGAGGUUCUCGUGGAACACUUCUCCAGUCUCAGCGCACAGCUCACAGAGAGGAGAUCAGCUGUCUGCUACAAGAGUCCACGCCGAGGAGUCGCUCCAAUGUUAAGUGUCGGCCACCCUGAGGAUCCCCCCAGCUACAAUGCCAUCCUAGCCACUGAUGUCUCCCCAAUGACAUACUCAUCACCACCACACACUGCGGGAGGAGAGGUGAUUAAAGGUGUCCCCCCAGGACUGCAGUACCUGCUGCAGAUAAACCAGCUCUCCAUACAUGAGAGAUUCUCGGUGUCACAAGGCCGGGCGAGGAGCUUCGAUGUUCUGGACCACAGAGGCCAGCGGAUAUAUCAGGCCAAUCAGCACGUCGAGUGUUGCGGACCCACCUUUGACCUGAGGGUCAGAGAUAACCGAGCGGAUGAUGUCAUGGGUGUUACUGUGAGCAAUGGCUGCGGGUGUUCAAGACAGGCACACGUGACUCUCUCUACCGCCGGGCUCAUCGGAUCCGUCGCUUUCCCCUCCAAUGCCUUCAUCACCCACUUGUCCAUCAUGAGCCCCUCGAACGAGGUCCUUCUCCUAAUCCUGGGUCCCAGCCUCAAGAUCAGCAUCUUCGGGAGCGUCACUUUUGAGGUGAAAUCUCGAGACGAGCAGCAUGUGGUGGGGAUGAUAAGGAACGAGGGGAACCGGUAUACAAUCACAUUUCCAAAGGACAUGGAGGUGACGAUGAAAGCCAUGCUACUGGCCUCCUGCUUCUACUUGGACGCUCUCAUUUAUGACCAGAAAAGAGACAUCGCGGACCGACCCAGCAGCAGCAGCUGACCCGUGACAUCACGCAUCGGUAUCUG